AUGGAGUCAAUUAACUUAGAAGAUGAUACCAAUCCAUGUUAUGCGGUAGUAUUUAAAAUAAUCAAUUUGGUGGUUGCUGCUUUAUCUGUACUAUGUGGAUUUUCAGAACUAUUUUCAAGAUUUGAUUACUUUUUCCAAGGUUUGUUUGUUACAGGAUUAGGAGUUUUAAUUGGAUACCUAGAAUUUAGGAUUCCACCUAAAUUGUUCACUUACGCAUCGUCUUUCUUUUCAUUUCUUGGUAGGGGAUGCAUUUAUAUGUUAAUUGCAGUCUUAAAUUUACAUGGCUCUUUGGUGAGGUACAUUAUAGCAUUUGUCUUGCUAGCAACUGGUAUUCUUUAUGCUUGUCUUGAGUUUGUUAGCUCUGUGCAACCACCUAAUAAUAUGCAGGGUGAGACCGGAUUCAGCGAUGAUAUGUUGGACGAUAUUAUAUAA